CCCGGCCGGAGGGCGAUGUCUGCCCGGCCCCGCCGCGGUCCCCGGGGCAGCCGGGCACCGCCGCUUGCGCCCCUCUGCUGCUUCUCGGCCGCUCUGGGGAUGCUGUGGUCCCCCGCCUCGCAGGCGUUCAACUUGGACGUGGACAAGCUCACGGUGUACAGCGGACCCGAAGGCAGCUACUUCGGCUACGCGGUGGACUUCCACAUACCUGCCGCUCGCACGGCGAGUGUCUUGGUGGGGGCACCCAAAGCCAACACCAGCCAGCCAGACAUCGUGGAAGGGGGAGCAGUCUACUACUGUCCUUGGCCCGCCGAGGGGUCUGCGCAGUGCAGGCAGAUACCAUUUGACAACACCAACAACAGAAAGAUAAGAGUAAAUGGAACCAAGGAACCUAUAGAAUUUAAAUCAAAUCAAUGGUUUGGAGCAACAGUGAGAGCUCAUAAAGGAAAAGUGGUGGCUUGUGCUCCAUUAUAUCACUGGAGAACUCUUAAACCAACACCAGAAAAGGACCCAGUCGGCACUUGCUAUGUAGCAAUUCAGAAUUUCAGUGCGUAUGCUGAGUACUCUCCUUGUCGGAACAGCAAUGCUGAUCCUGAAGGCCAGGGUUACUGCCAAGCAGGAUUUAGUCUGGAUUUUUAUAAGAAUGGAGACCUUAUAGUUGGAGGCCCUGGAAGUUUUUAUUGGCAAGGUCAGGUGAUCACGGCCAGUAUUGCAGAUAUCAUUGCAAACUACUCAUUCAAGGAUAUCCUAAGGAAAUUGGCUGGAGAAAAGCAGACAGAAGUGGCUCCAGCUUCCUACGAUGACAGUUAUCUUGGAUAUUCAGUUGCUGCUGGGGAAUUUACUGGGGACUCUCAGCAAGAAUUGGUUGCUGGAGUCCCAAGAGGCGCACAGAGUUUUGGAUAUGUUUCAAUCAUUAACUCUACAGAUAUGACCUUUAUUCAGAAUUUCACUGGUGAACAGAUGGCAUCUUAUUUUGGAUAUACAGUUGCAGUAUCAGAUGUUAACAAUGAUGGGAUGGAUGACAUACUGAUUGGGGCCCCUCUCUUUAUGGAACGUGAAUUUGAGAGCAGCCCCAGAGAAGUAGGGCAAGUUUAUCUGUAUCUGCAAGAGAGUGCUCUCGUCUUCAGAGACCCGCAGGUGCUUGCAGGCACUGAGGUUUUCGGGAGAUUCGGCAGUGCUGUGGCACAUUUAGGAGACCUGAACCAAGACGGAUACAAUGACAUUGCCAUUGGUGCGCCUUUUGCCGGCAAGGAUCAAAGAGGCAAAGUGCUCAUUUACAAUGGGAACAAGAAUGGCUUAAACACCAAGCCUUCCCAGAUUCUGCAAGGAGUGUGGGCCUCCCAGGCCGUCCCUUCUGGAUUCGGCUUUACUUUAAGAGGAGAUUCAGACAUAGACAAGAAUGAUUACCCUGAUUUAAUUGUGGGUGCAUUUGGAACAGGAAAAGUAGCAGUUUACAGAGCGAGGCCAGUUGUGACGGUGGGGGCCCAACUUAUCCUGCAGCCAGUGAUCAUCAAUCUGGAAAACAAAACCUGCCUGAUUCCAGAAUCAGUGGCACCUGUGGCCUGCUUUUCUUUAAAAGUGUGUGCAUCUGUGGCAGGCCAGAACAUUGCAAACACAAUAGGCCUGACCGCUGAGGUGCAGUUAGACACCCUGAAACAAAAAGGAGCCAUUAAACGUACGCUGUUCCUUGAUAACCAUCAGUCACAUCUCGUCUUCCCUCUCGUGAUAAAGGGGCAGAAAUCCCCCCAGUGCCAGGAUUUUAUCGUUUACCUUCGAGAUGAGACUGAAUUCCGAGACAAAUUAUCUCCAAUCAACAUCAGUAUGAAUUACAGUUUGGAUGAAUCCACUUUUCAAGAAGGUCUGGAGGUGAAACCAAUAUUGAACUACUACAGGGACAACGUUGUUACUGAACAGGCUCACAUCCUGGUCGACUGUGGAGAAGAUAACAUGUGCAUUCCUGACUUGAAGCUGUCAGCUAGACCAGAUAGGCCCCAGGUCAUCAUUGGAGAUGAAAACCACCUUAUGCUCAUAAUCAACGCGAGAAAUGAAGGGGAAGGUGCCUACGAAGCCGAGCUCUUUGUGCUCAUUCCAGAAGAGGCCGAUUAUGUUGGGAUUGAACGCAGCAACAAGGCUUUGCGCCCACUGAGUUGUGAGUACAAGAUGGACAAUGUCACCCGAAUGGUGGUGUGUGACCUUGGGAACCCUAUGGUGGCUGGAACAAAUUUUUCUCUGGGCCUCCGAUUUACAGUUCCACGUCUUGAGAAAACAAACAUGAGCAUUAACUUCGAUCUUCAAAUCAGAAGUUCCAACAAGGACAACCCAGACAGCAAUUUUGUGAGCCUGCAAAUCAACAUCACUGCUGUAGCGCAAGUAGAAAUAAGAGGGGUGUCCCACCCUCCGCAGAUCGUCCUGCCCAUUCAGAACUGGGAACCGGAAGAGGAGCCUCACAAGGAGGAGGGAGUUGGACCAUUGGUGGAACAUAUUUAUGAGCUGCACAAUAUUGGACCAAGCACCAUCAGUGACACCCUACUGGAGGUGGGCUGGCCCUUCUCUGCCCGGGACGAAUUUCUCCUCUACAUUUUUCAUAUUCAAACUCUGGGACCUCUGCGAUGUCAAACAAAUCCUGAUAUCAACCCACAAGACAUAAAGCCGGCUGCCCCCUGGGAGGACACCCCUGAGUUGAGUGCGUUUUUGCGAAACUCCACCAUCCCUCACCUGGUCAGGAGGAGAGACGUGCCUCAACUGGAGCCUCACAGACAGAGACCCGCAAAAAUCCUGAAUUGUACAAACAUUGAGUGCUUACAGAUCUCCUGUGCAGUGGGACGACUCGGAGGAGGAGAAAGCGCCGUCCUGAAAGUCAGGUCACGACUGUGGGCCAAGACAUUUCUCCAGAGGAAAAAUGAUCCCUAUUCUCUUGCAUCCCUGGUGUCCUUUGAAGUUAAGAAGAUGCCUUAUAAAGAUCAGCCAGCAAAACUCCCAGAAGGCCACAUAGCAAUUAAAACAUCGGUUAUUUGGGCCACCCCAAAUGUUUCCUUCUCAAUUCCAUUAUGGGUAAUAAUACUAGCAAUACUUCUUGGAUUAUUGGUUCUGGCCAUUUUAACCUUGGCUUUAUGGAAGUGCGGAUUCUUUGACCGAGCAAGACCACCCCAGGAUGAUAUGAAUGACCGGGAACAGCUGACCAAUGAGAAAACACCUGAGGCAUGAAAAGGAAAGCCAAAGACAAAAACAACUCCAAUACUAGUCCAGUUCAAAGCAAAGAAGGAUCAUGAGGGUUUAACCCAGAUUGUCCUGCACCUGCCAGUGUCCUCAGACAUGGGAGGUCCACGUCAUCACCUCAUCUACACUGUACUCUGGAGAAGCUGCCAUGGAUCCUGGUGAUCCUGUGGGGAAAGGAAGCCUUCUCACACUGCAGAAAUGCUGGGCAGCUGUGGAAGAUGUCUUUGGCUUGAGUCCUUCUGUAUUUGGCAGACACUUUGAAAUGGGUAUGGGAACGUGAGGUUACUUUCCAGGUAAAUCCAUCUGAAGUCUCGAAAAUGCAGUGUCUGAGUUAGGAUGGACUCUAGAAGGUGAACUCGGACCAAACCUUCCAACACUACUGUAUACAAUGGAAUAUUUGAAACCUCCCUCUGGAAAAGAAAUAUUUCUAGUGACGUUACAGCUCAGGGAGACCAGCCUAUGCUGUUGGGACUGUGAAAGGACCUUGGAAAUGGCAGAGAUCAUCUUUGUGAGCGAGGAUAACGAUUUAUUUAUUUAUUUUCCAUGACUCUAGGCUGACACUCUAGAGCAUCUGGAAAUUAAAGAUUUGGUUCGCUGGUUUUUUAAAUCACUCACCAAAUUUCCCUCCGAGAUGUCCAUUUUGUGCAGAAUACAUAACUUAACAGGACUUAGGAUUUAGAUAGGGUUAAGGAAAAAUGAAUUUGUAUUAGAAGACUGUUUCACUUUCAUGACUUCUACAUGAAAUUACUUUUAUUCACACUUUCAGGGACUCACAUCUGCUUAAUUUAGCCUUGCAAAAAGUUGCAUUGAUAUCUACUUUUACAAAAAAAAAAAAAAAAAUCAUCUUUCCAUUAACUUAAUUAGCAUUUCAAGGGACUCUCAACCUUGAGUGGUACUUAAAAAUAAUGGUAAAACUUCUAGAGUCCAUUCACAAAAUAGCAAUUGGGCAGGCAUAUUAUUUUUAAUAUCUAUAAGAGGCAAUAGCAAUAUUUUAAUUUGGGAUUAAAUACCUAUUUUUUUUUACUCUACGUCAAACUUACAUUCACAGAAAAGACACGUUAAACAUAAAUAGGAAGAAGAGUAAGUUAGGCAUAUGGUUGAUGAACCUAGAAAACAGAUUCCUAUGGAUUUUAUUUAGAACUGCCUGUUUCAACUUUACUUUUCAUUUUUCCUGCUAAUCGUUAUAGUACGUGCCUUUGGAAAAUAAUUUUUACUUAAGCUAUUUUCCCAUCAUCUUGAAUUUAAUCAUCACAGAAAACUUGAUGUUUAAAACUCUUGUAAAUAAUCCAUAAUCAUAUGUAACAGUAUCAUUUUAAGUAAAGUUGACCAGCCAAAUUUAUAUAGUCUGCACAACUUUGUAUCCUUUUUAUGAUAAUGAAAAAUGAUUAUGAAGACGUGCUAAACAAAUUUUAUAUUUAUGUGCAAUAUUUUAGAGACCUAUGUAUCAAAAAGCAUGUUUACACUGGCAUUAGUUAUUUUUUAAAUUAAUAUCCUGAAUAUUAAGUAUGAUAAAACCAGCAGACCCCAAUCCUUCAGUUUACAAAGCAGUUGGAAAAUUUAUGUCCCAAUUUCAACAAUCACACUUGAUUCGAAAGAUGAGCCAAACUCACAGACACUAAAUUUUUGGUCAUGCCUUAACCUGGAGACGAGCCAUCUGGCUCCAGCUGCAGAAUUUCUUUGGAAACCAAAUCAAAGGCACACGGGUGAAUACACUGAACAGUUCAUCCUCUGCCUGCUCGUGAAUUAAAUCCUGUCAUGGUAGCAGUUUCAAGGCUGUCAGGAACUGAAGUCUGGCUCCCAGCAUGUGUGGCUGACUUGGGGGUGAGAACUGCACAUGUUUCAAAGAGUUUGAGGGUCUCAUGUCAGCCUCGUGGGGUCUUAGGUGGUCACUGUCUGGGUGGAAGUGGUUCUACAGGCAAUGGCUAUCUCUGAGAUGAGCGGAAGGAGGGCUCUCUGCCUCCAAAGUUACACCCCAACUCUUGUCAUCAUGCCUGACUUUUGGCCAAGAGAGAAUAGCUCCUCAAGAUUUGGGGUCACAAAAGAGCCCUAAGAAAACACACCUGUUGUCUUUUAGGCUAACCUUCAUAAAGGAACCCGGAACUCUUAGGGCUGGGACCAUGAAAGCCAGGUCAUACAGACACCUGGAGGAAGCUUGAGAUUCCAGGAAUAAGGCUGGGAUCCAGAACAGAGCAAGGUGUGAGGACUUCAAAGGCAAACUACAGCAUCCUCACAGUCUCAGCCCAAAGUGACCCCCAUCUAGGACAGGCACUGCUAUCUAUAGGCAGUUUGCAGAGGGCCAUCAAUGCACACUGAGGUCAGGUGAACCCUCCACGCCUCAGUUCUUGAGUGUCCCUCCACGUGGAAAAUAUUCUAAAAAUGCACUGAGCAAAUCUGCUUCUCAUCAUAUAAAGCCAAUCACUUUCAUCAUUUAUAAUAUGCUGUUGCUUCUCUUAGAAUCUAUCUAUAUAUUUCAUAUAUAUCUUUUGAAAUACUUGCAGCUUAUUUUCAAGACAUGGGAAAAAAUGGACAAAUCAAGUUUUAUAAACUUGGAGAUUUUUAUACACUAAAUAAACAACAUGGACCAGUUGCCCACUGAAACCCCACUUCUUUGAACUCAACCCUUUUCUUGUUUUAUUUAAAUAUAUGUGUAGAAUCUGUGAAGAUUUUCAUGUACCUACUUACCUUGUCACUAAUAAAAUUAAAAACUAAAGACCUGA